AUGUCGGACUCGAUCGUUUCUUCUCAAUCCAAUUCGUUCGUAUUGCAAAAUAGAGAACGCAUUCAAUCCAUUGUUCAGUUAUUGCCCAAAAUUGAUAUUCACACUCAUUUGGGUGGAUGUAUACGAUCAAGCACCAUUUAUGAUCUCAUCAAAUUACAUCCGAAUAUUUAUGAAAAUCCUGAUGAAGUGGUUCGUCAGGUACAGCUUACGGAAGGAGAUCAACGCAAUCUAAAACAAUGUUUUGAUAUUUUUAAAAUUAUUAAUUCGGUUACUGCUGAUUUGAAAGUAGUAGAAAGAAUUACGUAUGAAACUCUGGAAGAUUAUGAUGCCGAGAAUUGUAUUUAUUUAGAGUUGAGAACCACACCAAAAGCAAAUUCAAAUCCGUCGUAUACUAAAAAGGAUUACCUGAUGUGUAUUUUGAACACAAUUGAAAGAUACUUUAAAGAGCACGAGAAUGACACUAACUUUGUCGAUGUAUCACUUUUGGUAAGUGUGAACAGAAGUGAGUCGAUCGAGAAAGCAAAGGAAAAUAUUGAUCUUGCUCAUGAACUUAUUUCUGAAAGACGGGAAUUACAAAAGAAGGGUCAUGUGUUUAGAAGCUCAGGUGUGGUUGGUCUCGAUUUUUGUGGAAAUCCCUAUGACGGAAAUUUCACUGCUUUUGCCAAACUGUUUGCUGAAAGCAAUCUAAAUCAAACCAUUCACUUUGCAGAAAUUAACAACUAUGAAGAGUCUAAAGCGAUGCUUCGACAUUGCUUGGAGAUGAAUUCGAAAGUGAAACUUCGUUUGGGACACGCAGUCUGUCUCAAUGAUGAGAUCAAGGAAAUGCUUGUUGUUGAUAAGAGCAAAGAAGAACUAAGAGAAAAACAUACACAAUUUGACAGAAUUCCAGUUGAAAUUUGUUUGACCUCUAACCUCUUGAGCAAAUCAGUUUUUAACAUUCAUGAUCAUCCGUUAGUGAUGUUUUAUUUGUCAAACCAUCCUGUCAGCAUCAACACUGAUGACAGAGGAGUGUUUCAAACCUCUCUUGAAAUUGAAUACAUGAAGGCCAUAGAAGUGUUCGACAAGAUUUUGUCUAAUACCCCUAAUAAUCAAACAGAAAUUCAAACCUCACUUUAUGAGUUGAUACGUGUGGUGGAGAAAUCUAUUGAAAGUAUUUUUGUUGAAGAUAGUGUUAUUGAGAAAAUAUUGAUUUCUUACCGAGAACGUGUAGCUCUUGUUCUGGCAGCAGAUUAG